CUAAUAACAAGACACGGCGCGUUCUUUUAUAAAUACCAACGACCUUUGUAACCCUACUUCCCUUCGCUCUCGUCACAAUCUUCUGCAUCAAACACAAUCGUUUCUCCAUCAAAAUGGUUUCCAACACUCGUUCCUUCGUCUUCGGGCUCAUGCUCAGCGCUGCCCAGCUGUCAAGCGCUUCACCAGCUGCUGCGUCCGACACGGCCUUCUCAUCUCCCAUCUACCCAACCGCCACUGACUCCAUCCCCGCUCUGCCCUCCGCUACCGACGCGUGCCUUGCGAAAUGUAACGCUGCUCACGACAAGUGCAACACUGCGCCAGACGCCAACCACGCCACUUGCGCUGCUGAGUAUGCCGAGUGUAUUGGCUACAACCCUUAUGGCGGUGCUACGUAUGUUGAGCCUACUGCCUGCUCUCACUCCGCCAAGCCUACUGCUACUGAGACUGCUAAGGCUGGUGACUGCCUUGAGAAGUGCAACAAGGCUCAUGAUGCUUGCAAUGUAGCUCCUGAUGCGAACCAUGCUACUUGCGCUGCUGAGUGGGCUGAGUGCUUGGGCUACAACCCUUAUGAUGGCCCUGACGGUUCUCUUGUCGAGCCUACUGCUUGCGCUCACUCUGGCAAGCCUACCAGCGCCCACAGCGCAACUGCUACUGCAUCUGCUCAUGCUGGCGAUUGCCUCGAGAAGUGCAACAAGGCCCACGACGCCUGCAACGUCGCCCCUGAUGCCAACCACGCCACUUGCGCCGCGGAGUGGGCUGAGUGCCUUGGGUACAACCCCUACGACGGUCCCGGUGGUUCCCUCGUUGAGCCCACCGCUUGCGCUGCCCAUACUACCAUGGCUUCUGCCACUGGCAAGCACACUGGCAUGGAGACCUCCAAGCCUGCUAGUACUGAGGGUUCCAAGCCUGCCAAGUCCUCGGAGCCUGCUGUUGUUGUCAACGGAGCUGCAAGCCUGUCCGGCAGGGUCGCUGGUUUCGUCGGUGCCAUUGGCGCCGCUGCCGUUGCUCUUCUCUAAGUUCUGUCUUGUUUGAACUCAUUCGUACUGUCCACGACCAUGGCAUAAUUACAGCCUAUCUUGUUCAAGUCAUGGCCAAGCUGAAGUAGUUGCUAGGUGGAUGGAGGUCUUUAAUGCUAGCUUAGAUGAACUUUAAAUUUAAUUCAAUUUUCCAAAUGCUGGCUUUGUUACUCCUUUAACACAAUACGAACUUCAUGUAUUUGCCACUGAGCAACAAAGUCUAGGCGACCAUUGUUAACUAUCAUGCCCCGGACCCCGAGUUGAGCGUUAUGGACAACUAGC